GAUUUGCCGCGCUGCUCCUCCGCCUUCCAUGCGUCCGCCGCCCUCGCUCCUCCCUCGCCGGCUCCAGAGCCCCGCCUCAAUCCCAGGGAGGAAGGAGGGGGAGAGGCGGAGCGCAUGAGCUGCCGCCGCCGCCACCACCGCCGCACACUGGAGCCAUCGAGCCUGGAGCGAAGGCAAAAAAAAGAAGAAGAAGCAGGCAGGUAGCGAAGAAGCCGGAGGAAGGAAAGCAAACAGAGCAGCGGGCGGCCGGGCUAGCCCUGGCAGGCAGCGGCAACGGGAAAACGUAUUUGAUGUGAUAUCACCUGGCUGGUUCAGCCAUGACUCUAUGUCCCUUAACGGGCGUUUGGGAAAACCUCUAGCAGGUGCUGUUCACACGGAUGAAAUAUCUUAUAUGCCAAGCUUCUCAGUAUUUGAAUAGACCACAUCAUGCGUGAGUACAAGCUAGUGGUCCUUGGCUCAGGUGGUGUAGGCAAGUCUGCUUUGACUGUGCAGUUUGUUCAGGGAAUUUUUGUUGAAAAAUAUGACCCCACAAUAGAAGACUCUUACAGAAAGCAAGUGGAAGUAGAUUGCCAACAAUGUAUGCUUGAAAUCCUCGAUACAGCAGGGACAGAGCAAUUUACCGCAAUGAGGGAUCUGUAUAUGAAGAAUGGUCAAGGAUUUGCACUAGUUUAUUCUAUUACAGCACAGUCCACGUUCAAUGACCUACAAGACCUGAGGGAACAGAUCUUAAGGGUCAAGGACACUGAAGAUGUGCCCAUGAUUCUGGUUGGCAAUAAAUGUGAUUUGGAAGAUGAACGAGUAGUUGGCAAAGAACAGGGACAGAAUUUAGCAAGACAGUGGUGUAACUGUGCCUUUCUAGAGUCAUCUGCAAAGUCUAAAAUCAAUGUUAAUGAGAUCUUUUAUGAUCUUGUCAGACAGAUAAAUAGAAAAACACCAGUGGAAAAGAAGAAGCCUAAAAAGAAGUCUUGUCUGCUGCUUUAGACCCACAGCAUGCAGCAGCUCUGAGCCAGGAUCGCAGGAAUGAAGAACUGUUGCCUAAUUUGGAAAGUGCCAGCAUUCCAGAAAUUCAAAAAAGCUACAUCACAAAUUGACAUCAUAUCUGAAGAGGCUUCUGUUUUUAUAUAUUAUGUGAAGAAAUUAGAUCUUACAAAGGUUUGCACAAAGGUCCCUGAGGAAAAAAAUAAGAAAAUAAAAUUGCUCUGUGUAUAACUCUUGGAAUUAAAGACAAUAGUACUUCUCUUUUGCAAUAGCAGUUAACAAUGUGAUAAUAAAUAUAAUUGACUCUAGUUGUAUGAUUAUACAAGAGCAUGGAUGCAUUUCAAAUGUUAGAUAUUGCUAUUAUAAUUUCAUAUUGACCUCUUCCCAUAAUCCUGUGCCCAUCAAGCACUAAAAAUGAUCAGUCAUUAAUAUUUGAUAUCUAUCAUGAUAGAUACAACUAUACAAAUUAUACUGUUCAUAUUCACUGCAGCGAGUCAUUUCCAAGUCAUUGACUUCAUUUUAUAUUUAAAAAGUUAUGGACUAUCAUUAUUUUCAUUCUGCCCUAUAUUCUAAUUAAAAUUGUGCAUUAUGCUUUGGAAACAAAUGGGUCUUUUAUAGGAAAAUAAACUGGGAUAACUGAUUUCUAUGGCUUUGAAAGCUAAAAUAUAUAAUAUACUAAACCAAUUCUAAUAUUGCUUCUUGUGUUUUACUGUCACAGAUUAAAUUACAGCUUUUAUGAUUGAUUAAAUUUUAGUACAUUUCCACUUUGUUUGUUUGUUACUCUUUUAGGUUGCAAGUCUCGGUUUUAAUUGAAAAGGUGAAAAAUAUUUGUAAUAGUAAAUACAAGUAAAUACACUAGUAGUUCCCA